GACAGGUGCGCGCAGGCGCCGUUGGUGCGCGGGGCACGGCGGCCUCUGGGCGCGCGCUUCGGCGCGGCGUGGCACGCGGGGCUUCGCUGCUUGGCGCCGCUGUGAUCACCUCAGUGCCCUCGGACCUCCGGGCGCCCGUUCCGGUCGGCAACUGAUCUCCCCUGCGGCCGGGGUCGGGAGACGAGGCCACACGCUGCCGCGCGGUGGGACACAGGCGGCCAUGGGACCCUUCCCUGCUGUCCCUGUCCAUCCUGUGCUGUCGUGUUGCCAUGUACUCCUCGGCUCCUCCUUCCCAGCACAGUUGCCAGGUAAAGGGAAGAAAGGCAAAGGCACAGGAAGGCCACACGGGAAGAAGCAGAAGAAGCCCGAGGUGGACAUCCUGAGCCCGGCUGCCAUGCUUAACCUGUACUACAUCGCGCACAACGCAGCCGAGUGCCUGCACCUGCGAGGUUUCCGCUGGCCCGGUGCGCCCAAGGGGAAAAAGGGCAGGAACAAGACCUAGGAGGAGCGAGUUGAAGAUAACAGGAUGAUGACUGCAAGCAAAAUAGACUUUGCUGAAGAAAUUUUGAAAUGCAAGCUCAGUGUGCUUUUCAGUGGUAAAUUAGGAUUUAAAAAUGCCUUUUACUUCUUCAGUUAACUCACGUAUAACUAAGGAGAGUUUUUUUAAGGGUUAAGGGAAGUGAGUUUUGAGUAAUCCCUACACUGUGUGGUGGAAUUCAUAGGACUUUUUAAAACUAUCAUCAUAAUUCUGUGUCAGAAUUAAACGUUGCUCUGGCAAGGCA